AGCUGACUGAGGCGCAGAUUGCCUCGCGGGACAACGGUCGGCGACGCAGGUUGUGGUGGGGCCGGAAGAGCUCUCCCGGCGGGUCUCUGUGCGGUCGGUGAGGCACAGGGCCGCCACAGCACCAUGGCGACCACCGUCAGCACGCAGCGCGGGCCGGUGUACAUUGGUGAACUCCCCCAGGACUUCCUCCGUAUAACGCCCACACAGCAACAGCAGCAGAUCCAGCUGGAUGCCCAGGCAGCCCAGCAGCUGCAGUAUGGAGGAGCAGUUGGCACUGUGGGCCGCCUCAGCAUUACUGUAGUACAGGCAAAAUUGGCAAAGAAUUAUGGCAUGACUCGCAUGGACCCUUAUUGUCGUCUGCGUCUGGGCUAUGCUGUUUAUGAAACUCCCACAGCACAUAAUGGUGCCAAGAACCCUCGCUGGAACAAGGUCAUCCAGUGCACGGUGCCCCCAGGUGUGGACUCGUUCUACCUUGAGAUCUUCGAUGAGAGGGCCUUCUCCAUGGACGACCGCAUAGCUUGGACCCACAUCACCAUCCCUGAGUCCCUGAAGCAAGGCCAAGUGGAAGAUGAGUGGUACAGCCUGAGUGGGAGGCAGGGUGAUGACAAGGAGGGCAUGAUCAACCUGGUCAUGUCCUACACGUCCCUCCCAGCUGCCAUGAUGAUGCCACCUCAGCCUGUGGUCCUGAUGCCAACUGUGUACCAGCAGGGUGUCGGCUAUGUGCCCAUUGCAGGAAUGCCUGCUGUCUGCAGCCCUGGCAUGGUACCUGUGGCCAUGCCCCCACCAGCUGUGGCUCCUCAGCCCCGCUGUAAUGAGGAGGAUCUCAAGGCUAUCCAGGACAUGUUUCCCAACAUGGACAGGGAAGUAAUCCGCUCUGUGCUGGAAGCCCAGAGAGGGAACAAGGAUGCUGCCAUCAAUUCCUUGCUGCAAAUGGGUGAAGAGUCUUAGACCCAUCUGUGGCCCUUGGCUUCACACCACUGACCCUUGGACGUGCCCACCCAAGGCUCCCCAGGGUCACCAUCCCCAAAAGAUUCCAAUGAAAGACCAUCCACAUACCCCUUCCUUGGACAUCUGUGCCUCCCUUUCCCACCUAUUUUGGGGAUGCAUGUGGAUUUUUGGUUCUAGGCAGGCAGUCCUCUUCAUUGUUGGUGGGGAACAACUCCCUCCUUGUCUCUAGUUGGGUGAUGGUGGCAUAGCCUUGUUACUGCACAGACCAGUGGUCCUGUUGUUUGGGGACCUGCAUCUCCCUCCCUCACCCUAUUCUGGAAAGCAUUCUUACAGAAAGCAGCUGACCCUGCCAGGACAUUAAGAGUUUGUACAGCAUCCUUCCGAGUUAGUGGAUGUCAUGAAGUUAUUCUGCCUAACUGGGAUGGUUGUUGAAGGUGCACUGAGCUCAUGUGCACUUACUUGCAGGUUAUUUUUAGAAUUUUAAAGCUAAAAGCUCCUUCCUUCUGAUGUCGUAUGUGAACCCAGGCCCUCACCUAGUCCUGGUCCCGUAAGAUACGCUUCCCAGCCAUAUCCAGCAGGUCUGACUUCUUGUCUAGCUUACCUGUCCUCAGCCACAGAAAUCCAGCGUGAACACAGAAGGUAUCCAGACCUGGUGCUUGGCUGGGCAGGCCCCACCUUGGCCCUCACUGCUAGAGGUUGCUUUCCUCCUCCUUCUGUUUUGUACCAGUACUAUGGGAGUUACUCCAGGGGCUGUUGUUGUUGAUAGACCCUCUUCACACAGCCCAGAGUCAAGUGAAGGAGACAGAUGGGUAGGUGGCACUAUGUGUUUACUACUAAAAGGCAUUCAGGCAUUGUGACACUACUGACCUGCAGCAGACUCUGUUGACCCAUACUGUAGCUCAGCUUGAGUGAUAAAAAUCCCAUGCUUAAAUUAAACCUUCAUGGAGGUAGAGGUGCCUGUACUUGUCUAGUAGAUAUUGUGUAUUAUAUUUUGGGUUGCAAACCUUUGGGUCCAUGAUCUGGCUGUAGAUCUGUUUAGGGACUGAGUGAUGACACCUAGUCCUGAGAUUCAGAGCCUUGAAAGCUUUCUUAGAACUGAUGCACUGUAUAGGUACAUUAAGAAGCUGGCGAGCAUUGCCACAUGUUUGUGGCGUUACAUUGUAGUUGCUUCUUCUUUUUCCAAGAGUUUGUACCCAGCCUUGGACAUAUGAUCCACCAAUAUGGGCAUGAAAGUAACUUCUAGCAGUUGGGACUUUUUGAAAAACCUAAAAUAAGAAAGUUAGUGCUUUGGUUUUGGUCUUUUCCCCUUUAAAAACACAGAUUAAGCUUUGAUGUCAGCUAAAAUAUACUACUUUCUGUCUGUCAUCCAUGGGGGUGCUUUUUGUCAAAUGUAUUGUUUCUAAGUAUUUAUUUUUGUAAGCCCAAAGGCAGUAUGUGGUGAUGGUGGGCAUGGGAUGGUGGUAAUAAGCACUUUUCUUUAGUUGUAGGUCUUUAAACCCUUUAACUGCAAAAUGGAGAAGAAAGACCAAUGUUUGUUAAAUAGAUUCAACCACUUACUGUAAUCCAGCCAGGCACAGAAGUCUCCAUUCUAGACUGUUGUGUGGCCUUGUGCUUGGUAAGCAGGACAGGACCUCCAUAAGUGUCACCAGCAGCCUUGAGACGCUGCAGAGCAGGGUUCUCAGCACCUGUCUCUAGGUCUCAGGUGUGCAUCAGCUUCUGCCUUAAGGAGGUAUGGCUUGAGCAAGGACCGCUUCGUUCAUGUGAGGCUCUAGAGGGAGCAGCACCAUUUCCUGCCAACCCCUGAGCACUCAGAGGCAGCAUUCACCAACUUGUGCAUGCUCAAAUGGGGAAGAUUGGUGGUUAAGACAGAUUUAAGACUUAAGCUGAACACAGACUCUUCCCUUUGUCAUGAACAUUUUAUUUUUUUAAUAGAUUGAAGAAAGAUCACAUUUUAUAAGGCCUCGUGAGACCCCCUACUCUCCUAGGUUUUGUGCUGUCUUGUCUUGGAAUUUCACUGUGUCAGAGCCCAUCUAGUACAAGGGAAGAAGCAGUGCUUGUCAGUGCCUGCCUAGGAGCCUAGGCAUCAGAGCACGACUUGUUUAGCCUUCCAUCCCAUCCGGGGACUUCUUGAAAAGUUGAUACACCUGGAAGGAGUAACUCAAAGGCAGAGUCUGUCACAGAUGUAGACAGGCUUCUGGGUGGGGUCUAGACUUUCACUGGGUGUCAUUGCUGCUCUUGCCAAGUUUGAUCACAAGGUGAUCACUGGAGCACCUGCCCUCAAGCCAGCUGUAGGGUGGGUAUGUGUCUGGGUACGGCCCAGGCUCAUUUCUUCUCUGGACAUGCUGGUUGGCUGAAGUUGUAACCUGCUGCACGUUUGUGGUCUGACGUGGCCACUGUUUCAUCUCACCAUGUGAAUGACACCUACCCAUUUGAGAGAAGUGUUGUGUGACUGGGUUCUGCCUCUCCCUCCCAGGUCACUCUUUACAGAUAUUGGUGUCAAUCUGAUACACGUUCUGGAGGUUGGUGGGAAUGGUUCUCAGAACUCUGUCUGUGGUUGUCUUGGGGAUGGGGUCCAGGUCCAGAUUUUUCUUUGAUUAUAUGAUAUAUUUUUUACUUUUCAGCCUUCUAAUUUAAUAAGUGGUCUAUAUAAAAUAGAAAAAUAAAGUCCUCUAAGGAAAUGUUUA